UGAUCCGGGAAGACGAUAGGAUCCGAUUCCAAUAAACCAGACCCGGAAGUUGGCCAAAGAUUCCUCAGAAGAAGUCCUUUCACAUUCCUUCUCCUGGAAAGCCUGUCUCUCAUCCGAUUUCCAUUUUCCUUUCUUUGUCUGCAAAAAUGGCCGGAAUCCGAUUACCGCCAGAGGAAUCAGACGUCUCUCAGGCGCAGCAGACACGUGCAGCUCCGGCUGCCACCGAUCUGGUCUCCGACGACGACCGCUCCGUCGCCGCCGAUUCCUGGUCCAUCAAGAGCGAGUACGGUAGCACCCUCGAUGAUGACCAACGUCAUGCUGACGCCGCCGAUGCCCUCUCCGCCGGCAACCACCGUGAUGCUUCCGAUUACAGUUCUGACAAGGAUGAACCAGAUGCUGAAGCAGUGACAUCAAUGCUAGGCCUUCAGAGUUAUUGGGAUUCUGCAUAUGCUGAUGAGCUGGCAAAUUUUCGUGAACAUGGCCAUGCUGGUGAAGUUUGGUUUGGAACUGAUGUAAUGGAAAUUGUUUCUUCCUGGACCAAAAGCUUGUGCAUUGAUAUUUCUCAAGGUCACAUUCCAAACCAUGUGGAUGAUAUCAAAUCGGAGCCUGUUGAAGAUGGCGAGAAAUAUCUUUCUACUUGGAGUGUACUUGACAUUGGGACUGGCAAUGGUUUGCUACUUCAAGAACUUGCCAAGCAGGGAUUCUCUGAUUUAACAGGGACUGAUUAUAGUGAGGGAGCUAUUGACCUUUCUCGAAGCCUUGCUCAGCGUGAUGGGUUUGCUAAUAUUAAUUUCUUGGUUGAUGAUGUACUUGACACGAAGCUGGAACGGGAAUUCAAGCUUGUCAUAGAUAAAGGAACCUUAGAUGCCAUUGGAUUACACCCCGAUGGCCCUAUUAAAAGGAUAAUGUAUUGGGACUCAGUUUCUAGAUUAGUAGCUCAUGGUGGAUUAUUGGUGAUCACAUCGUGCAACAAUACAAAAGAUGAAUUGGUGCAAGAAGUGGAAGAUUUUAAUAAACGAAGUAUUGGAGCGCACCAAGAAAGUGAGCAGACCCAAAAGGAGCAAGAACCUCCAUUUCGAUACAUUGCUCAUGUUCGGUCUUAUCAAACAUUCGAGUUUGGUGGUUCUGUAGGUUCACGCGUUGCCACUGUAGCUUUUCUGCAUACCUAAAAAAUAUCACCAACCUAUUCUAUUUUCGGUUUGAGCAUGGCCGGCUUAACUUGGUUUGCAGCCUAGUCAAGGGGGGAAAAAGUGGGUUUAUAUCAACAAUAUUAACUAAUUUAUGUUAACAAUAUAGUUUAAUUAAGUCUAUUUUCUUGUUUUGUGCUGAAUAUAGUAAGAAGUAAGAAAGUUUGGGUUCUUUUUUAUUUUUAGUUUUUUUUAUUUUUUAUUUUUUUUCCCUCUCCUUUGUGGUUUUUACACUUAUUUAAAGGCAUGUGGAUGAUUGUUUAUUUUCUUCUUCUUAA